AUGUGCCUUAAUCAAAGAUCAAGAGAUCGCCUCACAAUCGAGCAAAAGUAUCGCAUUAUUAUGCACAACAUGCACUUUCCUAAUCUGACGCAAAUGCAACUCGGUCAAUGGGCUCAAAAGGAAUUCAACCUUCAUCACUCAGUCAAGCAAAAAACUGUAUCGAACGUCUUGAAUUCACAGGACAAGGUGAUCAAAGCUUACGAAGGAGGAAAUUUGAAGGGAAAAAGCAGCAGAGCCUUGACGAUGCCACAAUUGGACAAUGACAUUUUGGAGUACAUUCAAGCCAUGAAUGCAAAAUCUCUUCCUGUCAAUCGUGGAACUAUUGCAGCUUUUGCAAAAGUAGUCGCACACAGAAAGUACCGCAUGCAUGAAUUGCCAAAGAAUAAGCAAAUCCAUUUCUCAGAUGGAUGGCUAACCGAUGUUUUCAAGAGAAUUGGUGUCAAGUCAAGACAUUUAUAUGGUGAAAAAAGCUCAGUCGACUUAACAUCAUCUAAGAUUGUCGAAGAACUCAGAAAGAUUGAAGAAUUGUUGGAGCCAUAUGAUCCCAAAGAUAUUCUCAACUUUGAUGAAACUGGCUUAUACUACGAGCAACAACCAACUCGCACCAUUUGUCAGGAACCUUUAGGUGGUUCAAGAAAAAGCAAGAACCGAUUCACAGUUGGACUAAUCACCAACUAUGAUGGAUCCUAUAAAGGGCACCCCAUUGUAAUUGGGAAACGAAAGACACCAAAGGCAGCAAACAAAAAACCUGCUUUGUACAGAAGAACCACCAACAUCGGGCAAUCCCAUUACGUGGAGUACCAUUCAUCUCCCAAUGCAUGGAUGAACACCGAUAUCUUUAGGAAGUACGUAAAACGUUUGAAUGCGUCUUUCGUUUACGCCGGAAGAAAAGUUGCUCUCUUGGUUGACAAUGCUUCAGUGCAUAAAUUGAAAGAAGAAUUCAGCAAUAUUAAGUUGAUUUUCCUUCCAGCAAACACAACAAGCAAGUUGCAGCCUUUGGAUGCCGGAAUCAUUGCGAACUUCAAGGCUCAGUUUCGUUGGCACCAAUACUACAGGGCAGUGAACAAGUAUCUUGCUGGGGUAAGCCUUGAUCUUACCGAGGAAUACAGAAUGGAUGAGGUGGAUGCUCUGUAUUUUCUUGCUGAUUCUUGGAUCAAAUUUGCUCAGAGACAGAGAGUCGACUCGGAGGAUGUACUCCCAUCUUUCGAGCUACCUUUAGACGAUGAUCUAGUCAGCCAGUUGAACGAAAUCAUCCCUGAACUUCCUGGAAACAGAAGUAAUGAUGGGGUUCAAUUGGUAACUGAAGUAAACGACUUGGAUCUAAAUGCAGAUGAGUCUGAUGCAAUCGUUUUUAAUCCCGUGAUUGUUGAAUUUGAGGAUGGCGAUGAUGUUACCCAUGGAUCACAAGAGCUUGAGGUAGAGGAAGAACCAGUAGAGAUUUACGAUGUUGAUACGAAGGAGAUAAGAGAGAAGUUGAAGCAUGCGUAUGAAACUAUCUUGUACCAUACCAUCCCAAUGGAUGAAAAAGAAAAGUCUAUGCUGAAAACUAUCCGUAGGAAUCUGAACGAUAUCAGAUCGGAGGAAGUAGCAGAGAAAAAUCAAACAGAUUUACGUGAUUAUUUUGUUUAA